GCCCCUGAGCAGCUGUACGCGUGCACAUCCGGUUUCCGGCCCUGGCCCGCUUCCCAGCAGCCCCCGCACUUCCCCCAUCAUGGCGGCGCCCAUAGUGCACGCUCUCCGCUCCUUGCCCCGGCGGCCCCACGCCCGCUGCCUGUCCGGCCUCCCCGAGCCGCUGCUGUCUGCCUCCCGGCGGGGGCUCUUCCAGGACAUGUUCCCGGCAGAGACGGCCGGCCUCCGGCUCACCGAGCUGCUCGCCUCCGGCCCCCAGACCGUGUACUGCGGCUUCGACCCCACGGCGGACUCGCUGCACGUGGGGAACCUGCUGGCGGUGCUGGGGCUGCUGCACUUCCAGCGGGCCGGCCACCACGUCAUCGCCGUCAUCGGGGGGGCCACGGCGCAGAUCGGGGACCCGAGCGGCCGGAGCCGGGAGCGGGAGCCGCUGCAGCCGGGGCAGCUGGAGGAGAACGUACGGGGGCUGCGGGAGACGCUGCAGCGGAUCUUCGGCCACCACGAGGCGCUGCUGCCCGGGGCCCCGGCGGGGAGGACGGCAGGCCGGGUGACGGUGCUGGAUAACCGGACCUGGUACCGGCAGCGCGGCGCGGUGGAGUUCCUGGCCUCGGCGGGCAGACACUUCCGCAUGGGCCCGAUGCUGAGCCGCCACAGCGUGCAGAGCCGCCUGCGCUCCCCGGAGGGCCUGAGCCUCAGCGAGUUCUGCUACCAGCUCUUCCAGGCCUACGACUUCUACCACCUGCACCGGGAGCACGGCUGCCGCAUCCAGCUGGGGGGCAGCGACCAACUGGGCAACCUCAUGACCGGGCACGACUUCAUACACAGAACAACGGGAGAAGACGUGUUUGGGAUCUUGCUGCCUCUUAUUAUGAACACGGCCGGGGACAAGCUGGGGAAGUCGGCUGGGAAUGCCGUGUGGCUGAACAGGGACCGCACUCCUUUGUUUGACUUCUACCAGUACUUUGUGCGGCAGCAGGACAGCUGUGUGGAGAGGUUCCUAAAGCUCUUCACUUUCCUCCCGCUGCCGGAGAUUGAACACAUCAUGCAGCAACACACCAGGGAGCCCGAGAAGUGGUUACCCCAGAAGAGACUGGCCGCAGAGGUGACCAAGCUCGUUCAUGGUAAAGAAGGACUGGAGUCUGCCAAGAGAUGCACCCAGGCUCUGUAUCAUAACAGCAUUGAAGCCCUAGAAGCGAUGACCGACCAGGAGCUACAGGAACUCUUCAUGGGGGCGCCGUUUGCCGAAUUAAUGCUUGAACCUGGCACCAGAGUACUAGACGCUUGUUUAAAAGUAUCUGCGAUUCCAGAUGGUGCCCGUGGCUUUGAAAUAAUCUCUACUGGGGGUGUAAGCUUCAACCACAGCAAGGUUACAAACCCGGAUGAGGUCCUUUUGGUCGGUCAGCACAUCCUCCGCAAUGGACUGUCCCUCAUCAAGGUUGGGAAGAAGAACGUCUACAUUGUGAAGUGGCUGCAGUUGUGAUAUGUGUCGGCCAGUAGUGUUCUGCACUGGACGUUAUUCUCACUGAGUGAGACACUGUGCUAUGUAAAUAAAUGGAUCAAUUAUCACUUAAAUAAAUAACUGGAUCAGUUGGAUAGUGUA